AUGAAGUGUGCCAGCAAGAGGUCCUUUACAGAAGAUCAAAAGAUAACAAAGAAAAUAAAGAGGGAUGUGUUGCCCAGGGUUGAAGUGAAAUCCGAAACUGAUUCUGUUGAAUACAUCAAGGUUGAAUCAGAGUCAGAUGAAGAGAUAAAAACCGAGGAACCAUUCCCAUUACAACCUGCUAACGAGUUACUACUUACACUUGAGAGGAUCUUAAGUUUCUAUAAGCUGAAUAACGAGCUACCACAUCACAAUGUCGUCAGAAAACCAAAGCUUAAAGUACGACCACCUCAGAAUACAGUCCUCAAUAUAAUGGAUUUGGACUUCUCUGUACCCUUGGAGGAUCAAAUAGAGAUGGAAGAUUUAUAUUUUCUUCAUUAUGCUUUAACGUAUUCUAAAAAGACAGUCUUUAUCACGGGUGCUGGUAUUUCUGUCAAUUCAGGUAUUCCUGAUUUCCGAUCAGCCAACGGUUUAUUUCAAGGGCUGGCUACCAAAACUACUGGAUCAGGUCGGAAUCUGUUUGAUUAUAAUCUUUUCAGAGACCCUGACUCAAUCACAAUGUUUGAAGGCAUGAUAGAAAAACUGUAUAAUUUAUCAAAAGUUGCAGAGCCUUCUCCAUUUCAUAAGAUGAUAAACGAUGUAUCAAAACAAGGACGAUUAUUGAGAUUAUACACUCAGAACAUAGAUUGUUUAGACACACAAUUGCCAGAUUUGGGAACCAAAAUCCCCCUGUCCUUUAAUAAACAAGAAACCCCUAAAACAAUCCAGUUGCAUGGUAGCAUCAGUUUACUGAAUUGCUCUAAAUGUAAUUACAUUAGUGAAUUGAGUAAAGAAUACUUCAACCAGGGGAGACUUAUUCGAAGCUGUCCUUCAUGUGAAGAAAUGAACACCGUCAGAAUGGUUGCUGGUAAAAGGACUCAAAAUGUUGGAAUCUUAAGACCAAGGAUUGUUUUAUACAACGAAUUUCAUCCUGAUGGUGAAGUUAUAGGUACAAUAACAGAGAAAGAUUUGAAGAGUAAACCAGAUUGUUUGAUAGUAUCAGGUACAACCUUGAAAAUCCCAGGUGUAAGGAGGCUGGUUAAAGAGAUGUCCAGAGCGGUACACUCCAACAAGGGUUACGUCAUUUGGAUGAAUAUAGAUGAACCCCCGCAGAAUAUUCUUGAUUACGUUGAUUACUUUGAUUUGGUUAUAAUAGGAGAUUGUCAAGUAAUACCGGGUUUGGUAAAGUUAUAUGAUUACACGAAGAACCUCCAAGAGUCCAAGAAGGGCAGGUCGAAUGUUAGCAAUACCUCAAAGUCGAAGAAGGUAGUAGUAAAAACUGAAAAGGCAAAUUCCCUGUAG